AUGGAAAAACUAAGGCAGCUGCAGGCAAGAGUAAAUUCCGAGUUAUUGCGUCUCCAACAUUUGGAAAAUCGGGUUGUCCAGCGAAAGGCCCGAGCGAUAGAGCGUCUGAGAGCAAUUGAGAGUAGCCAGAAUGAUGAUGCUGGACAAGCAUGGAAUAUGAGAAUAAUGGAGGACACGGAGGUUUCAAUGGCUAAGAUUCAAGCCCAUCGAGUAGAGGGUAUGAGCAUAAUGAAGAGUAUCGAGGACUCAAUUACUAAGCUUAACGCUGAUCAUGAGGUGGACAUAUUGGCAGAUGCAAUUCAAAGAAUGAGGAAUGAAGAGGAUGAGCAAAGAAGAGAAGGCAAAUUCAGGUCGAAGAGUCAGAGUCUGAUUCCUAGGGCGAUUAACCCUGAAGGUCGCAACCAGACGUCGCGAAGAGGUCAGGCCCUGCUUUCCAUGCAACUGUCCCUGGAAAAGGUUCGACUGGGAGCUGCAAAGGAGGAGGUCGCACCGAAGGAGGAGAACGCAACGCUCAAGCGAGGCUUGGAAGCUGCCAAGGCAGAAAGAAACCUAUCUUUUGAGUCGGCGAACCGAUACCUAAGCGAAAGGGACGCUGCUCUUCGUACAGUGGACUUCCAAAAAGCCGAGCUCGAGAAGCAUGCAGAGAAAGUAAAGGAACUCCAAAGGACUAUAGUCAGACUCUCCAAAGAGGUUGGAGAGAGGGACCAGGAGCUGAAAACGACCUCUCUGCGGGCCUCGCAAGCAGAACAAGAGAAGGAUGCCUCCGAGAAGCAAAGAAAAGCUCUCGAGGCAGAACUUCAAGCUAGUUAG